AUGACGGGUUUAGUGAAACCAAAGCCACCGAUCGCAAUUCUCCAUUAUCCCGUUCUUGCCUUUCGUCAGUGGCGACAUUCUGAGGGGUGGACGGCCUCGCUUUCAUUUGUUCGUUGCCGUCGUAUCAAGCACCUGAUGGCCCCUUCCCCCACUCAGUCCCUCCUCGUCUCCCAUUUUUUUCAUCUCGUCGUGUUUGAACACGCGAGCAAGCGCGUCAUGCGUGCCAGCCUGCCUGCCGUGAGAUAG